AUGGAUAGAACAUGGAUGGUUGCGGAUAGGAGAUCUCGGCAAUAUAAAUUAGGGGUGACACAGUUCUGUAAAUUUGCCUUGGAUAAUGCUAAAGACCCUAACCAUAUUUGUUGUCCUUGUACAAAAUGUGGAAAUGUUGACUACUUUUCCGCUUCUGUAAUAAGGGACCAUCUAUUUGUAAAUGGUAUUGAUGCGAGUUAUGAUAAAUGGAAUGAGCAUGGGGAGGCCAUAUUGGAUUCAGCAGCUGAUGAAUCUACUGAUGAUGCAGCAGUAGAUUCAGAUUCACAUAGUUCUUACUCUGUGAACGGCAAUGAGAUACCUGAAUAUGAAUUAGGAUUAGGUAGUGAUGCAGACAUGGAAAGUGAUGAGUGUAACGAGUUUAGACAGUUUGUAGAUGACGCUAAUAAACCGUUAUACCCUGGUUGUGAUAGGCACACAAGGUUGAAUGUUCUGGUAAGGCUUUACAACUUGAAAGCAAAGCACGGUAUGAGUGAUGUUGCUUUCUCUGAGUGGUUGAUUGCGUUUGCGGAGUUUCUUCCAGUAAGCAAUGAGAUACCUGCCUCUGUCUAUGAGGCAAAGAAGACAUUGAGUUCUCUAGGAAUGGAUUACACUAAAAUUCAUGCCUGCCCAAAUGAUUGUGUUUUGUAUAGAAAAGAGUAUAUUGAUGCAAUUAAGUGCCAUACAUGUGGUAUUUCAAGGUGGAAAGUAGGUAAAAACUUGAAAGAGAGGGAAGGCGUACCUGCAAAGGUACUAUGGUACUUUCCUCCUAUUCCUAGAUUCAAAAAAAUGUUUCAGUCAGAGGGUACAUGUAAGAGUCUGACUUGGCAUGCUACUGACAGAAAACGCGAUGGCUUGAUGCGUCAUCCAGCUGAUGCAACUUCAUGGAAGUUAGUAGAUGAAAAAUGGCCAGAUUUUGGUUCUGACCCUAGAAACCUAAGACUUGCAUUAUCAUCAGACGGGUUCAAUCCCCAUAGUUCAUUAAGCAGCAAGUAUAGCUGUUGGCCUGUUAUUCUGGUCGCAUAUAAUCUGCCUCCAUGGCUCAUAAUGAAGAGAAAACACAUGUUGUUAACUCUAUUGAUUUCUGGGCCUAAACAACUAGGAAAUGACAUUGAUGUCUACUUGGAACCUUUGAUAGACGACUUGAAACUGCUGUGGGAAGGAGUUAGUGGUGUCUAUGAUGCAAGACAAAGUGAAUACUUUACUCUUAGAGGUUUACUAUUCUGGACAAUCAACGAUUUUCCAGCUUAUGGUAACCUAUCUGGGAGUAUAGUUAAAGGGUAUAAUGCAUGCCCUAUUUGCCUUGAAAAUACAAAACCAACAAGACUAGUUAAUGGAGGGAAAAUGGCUUACAUCGGGCAUCGAAGGUUUUUAGGAAGAAACCAUCCUUAUAGAAGGCAAAAGGCUGCUUUCAACAACCUUCCAGAACAUUCUCCCCCUCCUGUUCCUUUGAGUGGGGAAGAAGUACUGCACAGGGUGGACCAGGAAGUUCCAAAGUACCGUUUUGGGAAAAAAAAUCAGCCCCCUCCUUACAAGGGUGGGGACGAUGAAACCAGGCCUUGCUGGAAAAAAAAGUCUAUUUUUUUUGAACUUGAAUACUGGAAGUUUCUCCCUGUUCGGCAUUGCCUUGAUGUGAUGCAUAUAGAGAAAAAUGUAUGUGAUAGUCUCAUAGGUACCUUGCUCAAUAUUCCUGGAAAAACAAAGGAUGGAGUGAAAACUCGGUUGGAUCUAGUGGAGAUGGGUAUUAGAUUAGUAUUAAGGCCUGAUCUUGAAGGUCCGAAAAAGGAGCACUUGCCAUUGGCAAGCUGGAACCUAAAGACAAAUGAAAAAAGAUGCAUGUGUGGGUCUUUUUUUGGCAUGAAGGUUCAUGAAGACUAUUCUUCUAACAUAUCAAACCUGGUUUCCAUGGAUGAUUUAAGGCUUAGUGGACUUAAAUCCCAUGAUUGUCAUGCCUUAAUGCAACAACUCCUCCUUGUUGCCAUACGAGGUGUGCUUGAAAAGCCGGUCAGAAUUGCCGUGAUCAGGUUGUGCCUGUUUUUUAAUGAAAUCUGCAGCAAGACUAUUGAUGUGUCAAGGCUGCCGAAUAUCCAAAGUGAACUUGUUGAAACAUUGUGUGAGCUAGAAAAGUACUUUCCCCCAUCAUUUUUUGACAUAAUGGUUCAUCUAACAGUUCACCUAGUUAGAAAGGUGGAGUUAUGUGGACCAGUUUGCUUUCGAUGGAUGUAUCCAUUUGAGAGGUACAUGAAGAUUUGCAAAGGAUAUGUUCGAAAUAGAAAUCGGCCAGAAGGUUGCAUUGCGGAGUGUUAUAUUGCUGAAGCGGCGGUUGAGUUUUUAGCAGAGCUUUUCAUUGAUGACAAGACUGUUGGGAUUCCAUCUGACCCUCACAUAGAGGACAAGCCUACCUCAGGUGCUACAGUUGCUGUUCACCUAAGUGAACCAGAUUCUCACGUUCCCGAGAUUGUCAGAUGGCUUUCAGAUAAACCAAGCAAUGAAGUACCAACAUUCAGUGGGUAUAGAAUUGCAGGAGUUCAGUAUAACACAAAGAAGCGUGAUGAUCUUAGAUCAACGCAAAACAGUGGUGUCUACUUACUUGCUAAGACACCGCAAGUAGCUACUGCUAGGGAUAAAAUGCUAAUUAUUGAUGACAUGAGCUUCUAUGGGGUGAUUACUGAAAUAUGGGAGCUUGAUUAUGAAAAGUUUAGGAUCCCUAUCUUUAAGUGUGAUUGGGUAGAGAAUAAAAGGGGUGUGAAGGUAGAUGAGCUGGGGUUCACAUUGAUGAAUUUGAAUAAGAAAGGUCAUUUAAAUGAUACUUUUGUGUUGGGAAACUGUGUUCAGCCAAUCUUUUAUGUUCAAGACCCUGUAGAUCCAAUGUGGUCAGUAGUGCUAAGAAUUUCUAGUAGGGAUUACAGUGAUUUUGAGGUUGAAGAUGAGCUUGGGGACACUAUUGUUGCUCACCAUCCUAUCACCACCAUGAUGCCAUCUAUUGAAUUACCUGGUAACUUAGCAAAUGAGGAAGAAGUGGGUUACAUGCAGGAAGGGGAGGAGGAUAUAGUUGUUGAUGGAUAA